UGCAGAAGAAUUAAAUUCUUGCAGGUGCUGCCCAAGCAUUGAAAGAGGAGAAGACAGAAUCUGCUCCAGCCAAGCCAUCCGGGCCUGUUGCAGAAACAUUCAGAGUUAUUCAGGGGGCCAUGACGGAAGAGAACGUGAGAAGUACUCAGGGCGUCUUUCAGUUUGAAUUAUCUGGUGACGGUGGAGGCACGUGGUAUAUCGACCUGAAGAACAAGGGUGGGAGCACUGGCUUUGGAAAGCCUCCUGGGACAGCUGAUGUGGUUAUGAGCAUGUCGAGUGCUGACUUUGUGAAAAUGUUCACAGGUGAGGGACAAAGGCCUCUGUCAGACCGGUGCCCAGAAAACCUUCUGCUGAUGGGGGAGGAGACUGGCAUCUCGCUUUCUGCUCUGGGAUGGAGGAGCUUUCAGCUUUUUGUGGCUCAGGAGAAAGUACAGGCCAGAAGUGCUUGCAUUUUUCUGGACUCCUGUGUUUUGUGAACAGGAAGAGAACAAAAGGUUACUCUUCUUUUAUU